AUGGCUCGACUCAAGCCGAAAGGACGUGCCCAAAAUCACAACCAUCUACAGGCAGCACCAGUUUCUCAAGAAUCACCGUCUGAGCUACACGGCAGCGUGAACAUUGCUCAUCCAUGCAAAGCUCGAUCCUCACACACUCUAGGUCGGUCUGAAUCAGCGCUCGGUAGUUGUAGUAGGCAAAUGUUUGGUGUCGCUGACACUGCAAAUCUUCAAGACUCUCUCAUGGGUGCCGGGCGGGAUUUGCGAUAUUUUGGUCCAUCUUUCGCCAUUGCAUUAUUCCACACCCAUCCACCAUCCGACGAGCAAACAACAUCGGGCCGGCGAUCAAAUGGGCAGCCGAGCUCAAGAACAGGACCUUGGUCUCUAUGGACGCAUCACAAGCUACAAAAUGUACUUGAGAAGAGGGUACACUGCUCUCUGCCGUCCUGGCCCGAAGCUCUUUCACUGGUUACAGCCUUCUUCGAGGAAAAUUACAUGGCUUUACCACUCUUUCGCCCACCCGCCUUUAUAGCUCGUCUCGGUCAGCAAUACUCUGGAGACUUUGAUGGUGGCCCUGCUUGGUGGACUUCAUUCAACGCUGUGCUGGCAAUUUCUCAAAGAAGACGUGUUGAGCAGGGGGCUUCUGACGACAAGGAGCUGGCCUGGGGCUAUGCGGCCAACGCCCUCGACACAGUUUUAGACAUACUCAUGAGGGCCACUCAAGUCAUAUCGGUCCAAGCUCUGCUGAUACUGGCAUGGUUCUUUCUGGGAACACCUAACCCGCAGCCCAGCUUCAUGUUGGUGGCCAAUGCCAUUAGACUUGCACACACCAUCGGGCUACACAGAAAGGAGUGCAGCUCGUCAUUGAGCCCUGUCGAGAAGGCGACUAGAGCCAAUGUAUUCCGGCUUGCUUUUUCACUGGAUCGAGAGUUGAGUCUCCGGACCGGGCGGCCUCCUGCGCAAGAUUUUGGCGGCUUUGAGGUUGACUUGCCUGAUUCGUCACUCCAGCAUGAGUUCAGCACCCAUGUUCCUUUAAACGGGCUGAUCAACAUUUUAAUAGCCGCUUCUCGCCUAGUCGUUAUCCAAGCUAAACUCUAUUCCAGGAUUUAUCUCAGAGAAGGGAUCGAUCCCAGUACCAUUUCAGAUGCCACGCAAGCACUAGGCGAGGACUUGGAGGAAUGCAUCACAACCGCUAUCCAGCAUUCAGUGGAUGCUGCUAGAGCCAUUCUUCAGUUGGAUUCACUCAUCCCGGAUACCUGGAAAAGUUUGACUUGGGACGUGAUUCCCAUCACUGUCACUGCCAUCCUGAUCCUGUCUCUCUAUACUUUGCGUCGACCCCGCACACUGGACGCCGCCGAGGACCUUGAUUCAGUCUCAAUAGCCCUCAAGCGACUUGCGUCUCUCGAGCUCUCUGAACCUGGCUCAUAUUUGACUCCGGUACGAACAGUGUGUCAGGAUGUGUACAGGGCUGUUCUAUGA